CGAAUAGUUCUUCUUCUAACAGUUUAUUCGGAAAGCUCUAGAAGUCACCGAUUCAGCGACUGCGAGAACUGAAGCAUUUUGGAGAAAGGAAGAGAGAUGGGAGGUGGACACGGACAUGGCGUGACCUACAAAGGAAUUACUAUUCAUCAGCCUAAGCGUUGGCACAGUGUCACCGGAAAGGGAUUGUGUGCCGUCAUGUGGUUUUGGGUUCUCUACCGGGCCAAACAAGAUGGUCCUGUAGUGUUGGGCUGGAGGCAUCCCUGGGACGGCCAUGGCCAUGGUCAUGACCAUUAGAUGUGCUGGGGAAGCUGUGGCAGGAUUAUAAACCAAUAUGCUCAAUAUCGAUGUAUUUUCUUGGAAAUUCUAAUGAAUAUCUUUCAAAACAGUUGUGUUUUGUGUUCAAUAAAUCCUAUAAACUGGAGAACUUUUUAUGGAUGUCACUUGAUUCAUAAGAUGCUUGGUUUAAUCAACUCUUGAAUCAUAUUUUGCAUUAUGAUUGAACUGCUUUGCUUC